AUGGAUAGAAUAGGAGCUAACCAAAAACAUUGGAAAGGUGUAUGGCCAGGAGCGCAGUAUCUAGCAGAAUUCUUGUGUAGUAAUUCUGAAGUUUUCCGUAACAGUGUUUGUCUUGAACUUGGCGCAGGCACAGGCAUCCUUGGUCUGACUGCAGCAAAACUUGGUGCACGAUGCGUCAUUCUAACUGAUCAUCCCAGUGAAGAGAUUUUGACUUUGCUGGAUGAAAACGUGAGGAAGAAUGAGUUAUCGAACAGUUGUCUAGUAAAAGGUCUCGAUUGGCAAGAUCGUGAGAAUGUAGCAUCUACCGUAGAUGCUCUCGAAGAACUCGACUAUUUAAUCGCAGCAGAUGUAUUUUAUGAUGUCUGUACAUUCCGUCCAUUAUUGUCAACGAUUUGCCAAUUCUUCGACCAUUUCCCCAAACUUCGUUUCUACUUCAGUUAUGCCGUACGAGAUGACAAUUGGUCAAUUGAAGAUCUAUUGCUGUUGAACAAUCUACAAGGCCGUCUCAUUCAGACCAGAGAAGUUGGAGGAAAUAGUGUUCAAAUUUGUGUAAUUUACAGGCAGCAGAUGACCGGUGAAGUAUUUUGUGGAGUUGAGGGAGGUGCUACAGCGUCGAAUUUGGUGUUCGUAAAUGAAGAAGGUCACGUGUUAGGGAAAGCAUCAACAUCCGGAACGAACUACAAUUUAGAUGGUAUUGAACGAACAGCAUCAAAUAUUGCAGUAUGGGUGCGAGAAGCUGCAAAGGAACAUGGGAUUGCAUUGCCUUUGAAAGGGCUGGGACUCGGACUAUCUGGAGCCGAAGGCGCCCGCGACAAUGCUCUUUUCAUUGAAUACCUCAAAACGCAUCAUGGUGAUAUAGCAGACCAUCUAUAUCUAGCAUCAGAUUCAAUAGCUACAGUUGCUGCAGCAUUUGAGCAAGGCGGUGUUGUUCUCAUAGCCGGAACAGGGUCUUCUUGUCGCGUCCUUUUGAGGGAUGGUCGCGUUUUUGGCGUGGGAGGCUGGGGACAUGUAAUAGGAGAUGGAGGCAGUGCAUUUUGGAUCGCCAUUAGAGCAAUACGCAUACUUUUCGAUGAGGACGAUGGCUUGGAGAUUCCUCACGAAUCCACUGCACUGAUACGUGAAUUGUUGCUAAAGCACUUCGAGAUCGAGGACAAAGUAGACAUAUUGGAGCAUCUGUACAACAAAUUUCAAAAGUCACACAUUGCUUCGUUUACUGGCGAAAUGGCUAAACAUGUUGAUGACCCCGCUAUAAGCAAGCUGUUUUUUGAUGCGGGUGAAAUACUGGGAAAGCAAUUUGUUGUGGCUUCCGGUCAUCUGCCUAGUGAAUACAGGAGUGAAGUUAAUCUACUCAUCGUGGGAUCGGUGUUUAAAUCCUGGGAUGCUCUGAAGAAAGGUUUUGUGCAUGCCGUAACGGGAUCCUGGAUACCGAAGGUCAACAUCUACCGGCCAACCACAUCUAGCGCUCUAGGUGCAGCCGCACUGGUAGCUCAAGGAGCCGGAUUCAAUAUUGCUCGACCCGACGCCGAGCUCCAAGAGACAAUCAACUUUUAUUAG